UAUGUGGGAUGAUAUUGAACUUCUAACAAGUGAUGACACAGGAAGUGGUUGCCUAAGUAUUAGUUCAGGAGAAGAACAUGGAACAACUUUAUAUCAAGUGGAUACAUUAGUCAAAAUAUCUUCUGAGAAGGCUUCAUUUUCUCCAAAGUUACAUGCAUGCAGCUCAAGUGAUGGCUUUAUCAUUGUGGUUGAUCAAUCAGUGACACUUUUUGACAAUAUUUGUCGAUCUCUCCAAUUGCACCUUCAGUUUGAUACUGAAGUGGAUGUAGUUGGUGUGUGUGAAGGAGGACAAUUUCUUUUGGUUGGUGAGAGAAGUGGCAACUUACACCUUAUUCAUGUGACAUCAAACCAGACAUUGCUUACUAAUGCAUUUGUUCAGCAAGCACCAGAUGAAAAUCAGUGUACUUAUAAGGAUCUUAUCAUAGAACAAGAUGGCUCAAAAGAAGGUAUGUAUCAUGUGUUCCUUCUUACACACAAUGGAUUGUUUUGCAUUAUGGAUCUACAACUUACACAAAUUCAGGAAGCCAUUGAGAAGAAAGACUUCAGAGCAGUAAAAGAGUUACAAGGACAAAUCAAGCUCAAUUUUAUAGCUACUGAAAAUUAUCAUAAUAAUGGUUGUUUAAGCUUUGUGAUUGGAGAUUUAACAAGUGAAAACCAUGUGAUAAUUGGGGGAACUGGUCAUUUUGUGGUCACUAAAUGGGAGCUAGAUCCUGAAAACAAAGUGGCAGCUGUUAAGAAUUUUAUGGAUUCAGAAAUGAUUAAAGGUGUGAAGAAGAUUCAACUUAUAGAUAAUCUGCUUUUCAUUUUGGACACUGCUAAUAUCCUGAGCUUAUGGGAUAUUUAUACUCUAAUUCCCAUAUGGAACUGGCCUUCUACUUGUUUUGAAGACUUUAUUCUCACCACAGAGGCUGAUUCUUCUUCAUCAGUCACUUGGCAAGGCAUUAUCAAUCUGAAAUUAAUAGCUCUAACUACUUCUACUAAUCAGAUGAGAAACCUCAUGGUUUAUUCACUACCUACAAUGACCUUGCUUUAUUCUCUGGAAGUUUCUGCUGUUUCUUCACUUGUCAGGACGGGAGUCAGCUCAGACACAAUUUACCUUCUGGAAGGAAUUUACGAAAAUGACCACAACUCCCCUGAAGGCUCUGUCUCCAUUGUAGUACUUAGGUGUCUAACAGAAGCUUUACCAGAAAACAGAUUGAGUAGAUUACUUCAUAAGCACAAGUUUAUAGAAGCUGAAAACUUUGCCAUUAGUUUUGGACUGGAUGUCGAGCUUGUGUAUAAGGUGAAAUCAAAUGACCUGCUGGAAAGAAUGGCUUUGUGUUCAGUAGGCACCUGUGAACCAACAGUUUGGCAGCAAGUUGUGGAUGAAGCUAAAGAAAGUCUAUGUAAAAUCAAGGAGGACCAGUUUGUGGUGGAUUACUGCCUGAAGGCGCAGUGGCCAACCUUCGAGACAGCUCAGGAGAUGCUGAACUAUGCCAAAGUCAGACUUUUGAAGAGAGAAGAUAAAAUGACCACUACUUUUUCACAUAGCUUAACAGAGGUAUUAAAAGCCCGUGCCAAGUUGGCUACUUUUUAUGGAGCAUUUGGACCAGACAAAUUCAGUGGAAUCCGUUGGAUUGAAUUUCUGAAAAAUGAAGAUGUUCUAAAGGAUAUCUAUUUUCAGCUAAAAGAGGGAAACCUUUCUUGUGCACAGUUUCUUUGGCUUCGUCAUCGAGCAGAUUUUGAGAGCAGAUUUGAUGUGAACAAGCUGGACACUUUGCUGAACUCAAUUAGCACAAGUAUCCCCAUGCGAGAGCUUUGUCUGUGGCUUCAGAGUGAUGUGAUUCCAUUUGUGAAAAGUAUCUUACCAGAUGGGCAGAGAAUCCUUGCAAAAUGGUUGGAGCAAGCAGCAAGGAAUCUUGAAUUAACUGAUAAGGCAAACUGGCCAGAGAAUGGACUUGAGGUGGCCCAAGUGUUUUUUAUAUCUGAAAAUCCAGAUUCCUUAGGGUGGAUGUCUUCCUGCCAGUCCAUCGUGUUGAAGGAUUAUCAAAACACUGAAGAAGUCUGCCAUUUGAAGAAGCUGGUGAAUAACCUGCAAAACCUAAUCAAACUGUACAGGAAAUACAAUUGCAAGUUGGCUCUCUCUGAGUUUGAGAAGGAGAACACUACCACCAUUGUGUUUCGGAUGCUUGACAAAGUUUUGGCCCCAGAACUUAUUCCUUCCGUCUUAGAAAAAUUUGUAAAAUUGUACAUGAAGGAGCAUAAGCUGGAAGAGGAACCACUUCUUUUGCUGUACAUUAAGGAUAUGUUGGAGAGAUGUAGUUGCAAAUCUGCAUCACUCUUUGAGACUUCCUGGGAGUCCAAAGCCAUGGCGAUUAUAGGCUGUUUGUCUGAUGUGGAUCUCAUCUUUGACGCCGUGCUGCAGAUCAUGUAUGGGGCCGUAGUGCCCUGGAGCACAGCCGUAGAACAGCUGGUGAAGAAGCAUUUGGAAAUGGACCAUCCCAAAGUGAAAUUAUUACAGGAAAGUUACAAAUUAAUGGAGAUGAAGAAACUUCUACGAGGUUAUGGAAUAAGAGACUCACAUCUUUUAAACAAGGAGAUAAUGAGAGUCAUCAGAUACAUCCUUAAACAAAAUGGCCCAACCUCUCUCGAAGAUGCUUUAAAGGUAGCUCAAGCAUAUCUAUUGUCUAAAGAUGAAAUCUACAGCUUAAGGAUCAUUGACCUGAUAAGCAGAGAGCAGGGUGAAGAAUGCCUAUCUCUCUUGAAAUCCCUGCCUCCUGCUGAAGCUGAGAAAACUGCAGAAAGAGUGAUUAUAUGGGCACGCUUAGCACUCCAGGAAGAACCAGAUCAUUCCCAAGAGGAUAAAAUACAGAGGAUAUCCAUAGUAAGGACAACUGUAAACAUUAUCAAAGCUCUACGUGACAUUCAGAAAGAAAACCCUCUGAAGUUGGAUGAAUGUGACGAAAACUUAAAAGUAUUUAAAACCAUUAGGAGCUUACAGGAGGAUUUUGAGCUCUUCCUUCCAUUUGAAGACUACAGGAAUCAUUCACUGAUAGCUGGACUUCAUGAAGAACCCAUUAAUAACCAGGAAGUUUCUCAGGCUUGGCAGAAAUCCAGGAAGACCCCAGAAGAGACCCCUCCUAACCCAAAGAGUGCGUCUCUUCGAUCAAGUUUGUACAGACAGACUCUGGGUCUGCUGGUGUCGGAGGAAGACCUGGAGGCUGAAGUGGUAUUGGAGACCUUAAAGUCAGGGAGAGUUGAGGAAGCCCUCCAGCUCUGCAGGGACUUGUUUCAGUAUCACUGCAGUCCCAACAUGGGAAGAGUGCUGGUUUUGACAUGUCAGAAACUUUGUGAGAUGUUGGGGGCAGAUGUUCCACUAACUGUUCCUGAAGUGAACCUUCCUCUGGAGAUCCAUCAGCUGGCGUGCCAGGCCGCCACCAUCUGUAGCCCAGACUUUUUAUUAGAUGCUCUGGAAAUGUGUAAAUAUACUUUAACUGCCAUGGAGAUUUACAGACAGUGCCAAAUGGAGGACUGUGGAACUCUCACAAAGAAUUCCUUUGGAGCUGAUAGAGAUCCCUAUGAAGAGUGGAUUUAUAAUGACUUCUUCAGUGAGGAUGGAAUUGUUCUCGAAUCGCAGUUAGUGCUGCCAGUUAUCUAUGAGUUAACUUCAUCUCUUAUACGUGGAUCUGGAGGCAAAAGAUAUCCUUUGGAUUCUGCCAGUUUGCCAUAUUGUUCAUUUAAUAAAGGAGAAAAUCUUCUCAUACCGAUCAUUAGCCCUAUCUCUUCAAUGCUUCAGAGCCUGCAAGAAUCCAGCCAGUGGGAACUGGCUCUGAAAUUUAUAGUAGGUUCCUUUGGCAUCUGCCUUCAGCAUGGAAUGUCGAACUGCAUGAAUAUCUCCUUGAGUGAGAAGUUGUAUGAAGAGAGACUGUUAAUCAAUACAAAAAGUAUUGUCGUUAGCCUGAAAGAAAAAUCCACGUCCUUAAUCAGAAAAAAUGCUGCAGCCUUAUUACACAAAGUAUUUAAUUGUCGUCUGGUGGAUCUUCAUCUGGCCUUAGGUUAUUGCACUCUUUUACCUAAGAAAGACGUCUUUGAAAUUAUCUGGAAAAUCAUUGAUACCACGUGGCAAAAUUACAACAAGAUUUUGGCUGUAUCCCAGGUGGGCGCUCAACUAGCUUAUCUCUACAAGGAACCAGAAGUAAGGCUGAAGUUCCAGGAAUUAAUCACAGAUGCCCAGUGGGGACUUCGCCUCGGGAAACUUGGCAUUUCUUUUCAACCAGUGUUCAGAGAGCCUUCACUAAGAAAGAAAGAACUCUUGAUCACAUUGGUAAAGAAUACAGGUGUGGACACGACUCUCAUUCUGGAAUACUGCAGCACGUAUGAGUUGGACAGUGAUGUCGCUCUUCAACUUUUCAUUGAAACCCUGAUUCUCCACCAUAAUCAUACUGACCACUGUGAGGAAGACAACGCUGGAUAUUCUUUGAAACAGUCCCACUUUAAAGUUCUGACCAAAGCCCUCGAGAUGGUGCCUUUGCUGAAAAGCACGAGGAAUUUGGUUGUGAGUCUCAAUGGCAUCCUAUACAAGUUGGAUCCAUAUGACUAUGAAAUUAUUGAAAUUGUCUUGAAAAUUAUGCAGAAAGCUGAUGAAAAGGUCACCAAUGUCAAUAUUAUUCAGGGCUUGAAUCUUGUGAAGCAUUUGAAAUCUUAUAGACGAGCCUCCCCUCCUGGGAAUCUGGAACACGAAUACAUGAUGAACCACGCGCUGACCCUGUCUUCAGCUGCUCACACUCGGCUGCCUUUUCAUCUGAUUUUCUUUGGAAAAGUGCAGAACUUCUGGAAAAUUUUAUCUGCUGAGCUCAGUGAGGAGUCCUUCCCAACAUUCCUGCUGAUCACCAAACUAAUGAAGGUUUCCUUGGAUUCUUUAUAUGUGUCGACAGCCAAACAAGUCUUUGAAAAAAGCUUGAAGCCAAAGUUGUUGAAGCAGGUGCAGGCUCAGGGCUCGACCCUGAAUAACAAGGAAAUAGCUAAAACCAGCCAGACUCUGCAGUCCUAUUUGUUAUCCAUAGGUAAUCCUGAGUGGGCUGUUGCUGUGGCCAUCAACUUCGCUCAGGACGUUCCAGAAGGUUGCUACAAGAUAACUACAUUGAAAUUUUGCCUUUAUUUGGCUGAGAAAUGGCUAAAGAAUAUUCCAUCCCAGGGUGAAAACCAUGAGAAAGCUGAGGUCUUGUUGAAGCAACUGAGGCUGCAGUACCAGAGGUCGGGCACCGAGACUGUGCUCAUCACCCACCGCUUGAGCACUCCAGAGCACCUGAAGCUGCUGGGGAAGCCAGCACAGCUCAUCGCCGGUCUGUACGAGCACAGCAGCAUCCCGCUGAGGGUCCAGGGCCUAGCUGGCCAAGACUGUCCUGACAUUCACGCAGCUGCGAAGGAGAUAGCUGAAAUUAACAACUUGGAUUUGGAAAAAAUCUGGGAUACGCUUCUUGAAAAAUGGUUAUGUCCAACAACACAGACCAAUGAAAUACCUUCAGAAUUCUUUAAUAUUCAAGGAGAUGAAGCCCUCCAAAGAGUUCUCUAUCUCCUCCAGAUACGUCCCAUUGAUUAUAGUUCAAGAAUGUUAUUUUUGAUUGCAACAUCAUCCGUAUCUCCUCGUCCUGUAGGUCAGCAGACGUUUGCCUAUAGAAGACGAGCUCUUCACUGUCUCUUAUGUUUGGCAGACAGAGAAACAAUUGAGUCUCUCUUCAAAAAACCUUUUGAGGAAGUCAAAUGUUUUCUGAAAUGCAUUACUUUUCUGGCUGCAUUUGAAAUGUUGAACAUCCCUCUCACAUAUGAAUCAUUUUACAACAGUCCUAAAGAAGGAAUGAUUAAGGGCCUGUGGAAAAAUCAUAGCCAUGAACCUCUGGCUGUGAGACUAGUGACUGAACUUUGUUUGGAAUACAAGGUAUACGAUACCCAGCUCUGGAGUGGUCUGCUACAAAAGCUGGUUGGCUUCAACAUGAUUAACUAUCUAAGGAUUGUCUUAUCAGCAAUUUCCAAUAUAUAUUCCUUAUGGCAGAUCCCUUACUUCGGCAGAGCUUGGCAGCGAGUCUCCCAGAUACCACUGAUCUCAGCCUCUUACCCCCUGAGUCCUACUCAGUUACUGGCCUGUUGUGAGAGUCUGGUGGUUCUCCUUGAGUGUCCUGUUUCCAUGGACCUUGAUAUGGUUGCAGUUGCUAAGCAGUACAGCCAGCUGGAGCUUCCAGGCUUUGCCCUGGCUUGCCUCCUACUGAUGCCCCACUCGGAUAAGAGAGACCAGCAGCUUCAGAAUUUCCUAGGAUGGUGUAACCUCGAGACUGUUUUACAACAAGUAGAUGAACAUAUGAACACCGGCCGGCUGGCGGGAUUUGCCUGUCAAGUGAGGAAUUUUAUUCUGAAUCACAUCAUCAGCAAGAGGCAGUUUGGAACGCUGACAAACACAAAAUACUUUCCGCUGUUGAAAGCACAAGUGAUAAGUACCAAGAAGGUCAGGGAGUUGGUGAAUUAUCUCGUCCACGAUGACAGUUUGGACGAAGCCUCAGUCCUGAUAACGGAAUACUUAAGACAUUGUGGGAGCCCUGUGCCACCUGAUAUAGCUCCAUGUGACAUCGUGAAGAUGUUUCUAAGUGAAUCAAAGUAAUCGUCACAAAUCUUGUAUAAGAAGGGCAAUGGGAGGUUUGAACCCGAAAUGUUCUCUGACAGUAGCUGUUCCUGGUUCAGCAUUUACUGUGCAAUAGAAAAAAAGGCCUCUUGUCAAGUAAGAGAAGACAUCAACGUGCAUCGUACGCUUUCUGGCCUCUGAGUAGCCCGAAGCUCAGGCCUCUCUGACACUGCCCUAUGCUUCCAGAAUUGGGCCAGUGGAUCAAAGCAAGAAUUCUCUUCUCUUUUAUUUAAAGAAAGAGAGGAAGAAAAGAUAGCCCUCUGAAUGUAUGCUCUGCAUUAAUGCUCAUGUAUCCGUAAAAGGCUUUUGUAAUCUUCAGUGUUACUUUUGUUAAAGGCUAUUGGAAAGAUAAGGUUUUAACAAGAGUGUAAAACUUAGAUUCCCUAUUUAUUUUUCUGUAUUUGUAGCCUGACACAUUUGUGAUUAUUCAUAUGACUAACAUGUUAAAUAGACUGUAAUUUAUUUUUGUUCUGACCACUAAGAAAGCAUCACUGACUCAAUUUUACAUUAAAGACCAAAUCAAAUCACAA